AUGCACCUGGCUGAAUCAGCAGGAGUCCAACACGCAGCUCCUAGAAGCGCUUCCGAAGCAGCAUCGGAGGCAGCGGAGACUACAACAAUUGCAAUUGCUGAAGCAGCUCAAACCGAAGUUGAUGAACCAGACGAGCCUGGCGAACCAUUGACUUUUCGAGAACAUCUGUGGGACCGCUUUGACGUGAUCUGGGGAUGGCGGAUGGGACCUACGCGAAGGAUGUUGGAGGGCUUCGUUUGUUGCAUGCGAGAACGUGCUCAGCUGGAACGUCAAUAUGCGAGGGGCCUCCUUCACUGCGUGGCCAAACUGCAGCAAACCACUUCGGAGGGAGCAGUACCUCUGCCAUUGGAAGCUGUUGUUAGCAACUUGCGGCAUCGAGCAGAGCAGUGCGCUGUCUUGGCGGAGGAACUUGACCAGGAGGUGGCCGAUACAAUGGAGAGGAUGUUGGAACAGCAUGCAGAGGUGUCUCGCCGUAUGCACUCUGAUGGUGUUUGCCUAAUGCGUCAUUGGCAAAGCGCUUCUCAAGGCUUUGAAGGAGCCGAGGAGAAAUAUCACCAGGCAUGCAGCGCAGCUGAGCUGGAAGCUGUGCAGUGUGCUGCUCUUUCGCCCUUGAAGCCUACUGAAUGGAAGCAGUGGGCUGAAAGAACAAUCCGAGCAUCGCGCCAGGCUGUUUCAGCUGAGAAAGACUUCCACAAGGUGCUGAAAAAAUUUAACACCUCGGUCGAGCUGCAGGAGAGGCAGAUGGCUCAUGUCCUGGAUGCUGCACAGGACAUGGAAGAGAAGCGAGCCAUGUGUUUCCAGGAUGCUGUCAUGAAGAUCGCAGUCUUCGACACGUCCUGGUUGCGGAAUGUGCAGUACGACAUUGAUUCUGGUGUCCAGGCUCUUGAAGACUGUGAUGGUUUGCAAGACUUGCAAGCUUUCAUGCGGCGGAAUCGUACAAAGGCGACGUUUCCGUCCAAGCAUCUUUCGAGGCCACCGUGGGAGAUGUGCGCGACGGAUCCCGCGGACGGAGACGCCAUUCGAUCCGAGUCCUCUGGAGCUUCGGAGCUGAUUUUGCGCAAGUCGCAGGAGUUGCAGCCAUUGGUGCGAAGCCUUUUGCGCAGAGGCUCCAAGCCUCACGAAGUUGACGCUGCAGAAUCCAACCUGCCCAGCCAGGAGGAGGUCUCAAAAUUGUGUGACCUUCUGGCUGGCCGAGCUUCUCAGCCGCUAGGGCUUGAAGGCGUCACCAGCGAGUGCCUUAUACGCACCGCAUUCUGUUUUGCCAUUCGGUCAGAACUGAGCUCGUCUGAGGCAUCUGUGCACAGCGCCGAGCCGCCACAGGCUGCAGAGCUUGGUGAAGAUGCCUUUGAGGUUGCAGUUUCACUCUUCCAGGCAGCGCUGGAUGGAGCGGACAAAGACUGUGACGUUUGGAACGGCAGGGAGCUAUUGGUUCUAGCCAAGUUCCUGCAGCUUGAGGAAUCACGCAAAGACGUCCUCCUCAGAGUGUACAAUCAUCCCCUAUGGAGUCGUGUGACCUUUUGGGAAGACUUGCUGCUGGCGGGCUUGGCAGAGGCCCAUUUCCAGCUCAUUCUGUCUAGAUGGGCUGCUCCAUCCAGAUUGCCAGAGUCUCUGUCAUGCCUUGCCACGUCUGUAGAUGCUGCAUCUGCCAAACGAGAGGUGCAGGAGGUCGUGAUGACCCCUUUCCUUCAGCGCUACAUGGCGUACAUGGUUUCUCUGGGCAUCAACUUUGAGCAGGCUCGUGGUUCUGCGAUGCGAACUCUGCGGAAACACGUGGAACUUCUUGGGACCAGCCACGAGGCCUAUCUUCAGCUCAUAACCCACGAAGCUGAUGCCAUGCCAUUGGCGAAAUGA